CUCCUCGUCGUCCUCCUCUUCCACUUCCCCUAAUCUCCAACAGUUUCCAAUUUCUCAUCUCCCAAGCCCAAACCCCAACCCCAACCAGAGACCGAAAAGAGUCGCACGCGACUUCGCGAGAGAGGGGAGAAGCAGCAGACGAAAGCGAGAGACCUCCUCCUUCCCCAACCCCAGCCCCGCUCCAAACCCUAACCCUUCCUCAGAUCUCGCGCCCGUCUGCCCUCCCGCCCCGCCCCGCCCCGCCUCGAUGUGACCCGGCCCCUAGGGUUUGUGCCGGUGCGGUGUGGUGGUGGGUCCCGGUUCGUGGGCGGAUUUCGGACCCGAGGAGUUGGAGCUGGCGGCGCGCGCGCACAUGAAGGACCCGGCGCACCGCACGAAGGUGGUGCUCAGGCGGCUGCCGCCGGCGAUUGCGCAGCAGGCCGUCGUGGACCAGGUUGACGCGCGCUUCGCUGGUCGGUAUGACUGGGCCUGCUUCCGCCCCGGUAAUGCCAGCCAAAAGAAUCAUAGAUAUUCGCGUCUCUACCUUAACUUCAAGAGCCCAGAAGAUGUUGUUGAGUUUGCUGAGUUCUUCAAUGGGCAUGUAUUUGUGAAUGAAAAGGGUGCCCAAUUUAAAGCUCUUGUGGAAUAUGCACCAUCACAACAGGUUCCGAAGUCAAAUAUCAAGAAAGAUGCUCGUCAAGGAACUAUAACAAAAGAUCCAGAAUACUUGGAGUUUCUUGAGCUUAUAUCAAAGCCUACUGAGCAUUUGCCAAGUGCUGAAAUUCAGCUUGAAAGGAAAGAAGCCGAAAGAGCAGCUGCUGGAAAGGUGCCCCCUGUUGUGACACCUCUUAUGGUUUAUGUUCGUCAGCAAAGGGCGGCUAAGAGUAUGGCUCAGAGGUCUGUAAGUAGUAGACUAAGCAGAAAAGUUGCAGGCGUGGUAACUAGUAGUUCUAGUCCAUCUAAAAGGUCUUCUGAAAGGCGCAGGGCCUCCACUUCAACGGACCGGAGAGAGCAGCAGUAUGUUGUGCGAGAUAAUGCUAAGGAGAAGCCGACUUACAUCUUAGCACCAAAGAGAGAUGAUCAUACACACAGAGAGAAAAUCAUUGCUGGAACUUCAGAUGCUACAAGCGGUGGGCCAUCUGGAUCUGCUCAGGUUAUCGACGGUAAAAAGGACAAAAUUGUCCUUCUGAAAGGAAGAGCGAGGGUUGAUUCCAAUAUAUCUGAUAGCUCAACCCCGCAGCAGUCUCUGCCGCCUUCGAGAAAUACACCCCCAUCAACUUCUAGACAAGACCAGCGAAAUGAGGCCAGUGUCAGAAUUAUCAAGACUAUACUUUCAAACAAGGAAGGACGCCAUGCAAUAGCAUCAUCUCAACAUGAGCAAGAAGGUCACAUAAUUAGUGCCGAGAAGGAUAAGAGGCCACCACGGGCUCCGAACUCGCGUUCCACUGUAAAAGAUCAGACUGUUGAAAAUGCUGAGAAAAACCACUAUGAUGACAAGCAUCUGCAUGGUUCUGGACCCAUUGGUGAGAAGAUUGAAAGACAUGCCAGAAAUAGAGAUAGGCCUGACCGAGGUGUUUGGGCCCCUCGUCGCUAUGACAAGUCUGCAUCAGGAGGCAGUACGCAAGCAUCAUCGUCUGAGUUCCCGCUAAUGCAGUCGCACUCUAUGGACAAUUUCUCUCAGCAAGUAGAUGGCCAUGGAGAGAGAAAAAUAGACACAAGGAGUCCUGGUGGCCGUGGUGGCCUUGUGGAGAAUGGAAACAGGCAUGCCAACCGCCGUGGUCCGCCACGUGGGUCGAAGGAGAUGGAAAUCCCUCUUAUUACAUCUGAUGGAAAGCCUUCAAAGAGGGGCCCUGCUAGCUAUGUGGCUCAUGAGAGACAAGUAUGGGUUCAAAAGUCAAGUUCAGGAUCGUGAGUUUGUCCACCAAUGAUACUUCCAUCAAAACAGAUGUUGCAAGCUGUGGAGAAGUCUCUGGAUUUUGCGGCUCAUUCUGAAGUUUGUGAAUGAAAUGACUGUUGGUGAGAUGGUUCUAUGAAGUGCGAUCCUAGAUUUGUCAACGAAAGUCUCAGCUAUAGCUGAAAAGGCAGCUCUUUGAUUUGAUUCACAGAAUCACAGCAAUAGUGAAGUAACAUAACCCACCAGUAGGUAGCUCUCCAUCACUUUGGGUGAGACUUGAUUUUGGACCCAAGGGUGCUAUAUCUGGAGCGACGGAUGGAAAUUAGGCUGGCAUCAAUACCUCGAGACAGCGGUCGCAUAUUUCCAAGACCCCUGGAGGCUAUACACAGUGAUGGAUGUACAUAUCUCUAGAGAAAGAAGAGGUCUGGCUCUGUUUGCUGUUUACAGGUUAGAGGUGCCAUGUAUCUACAAAGAGAUAAGAGUUAUGAGACUACCCAGUUUGCUAAAUAAAGGCGAAUUUUUAGUUAGUUGAUUAUGAGAACCCCUGUAUCCCGGCGGCUGCAGUUGCAGUCAGUAUGACCGAAGUUAAUGUGGAGUGCAAAGUGACAUAGCACUAUCAUGUUUUAUGCUCCAGGGUGAAUGGAAUGUGAGGCUAUUUUGGCUUGUUGAUGUUGCUGGUGUGUGAUUUUC